CUUGAUCUUGAUCUGCUUUACCGUUGAGUGGCUCAUUCCCUCGUCUGAAGUACCUAAGCUGUGGCUGUGAAUGUCAUCAGAGGGCCUUGGGUAUAACGUAAAAUAGUGUAGAAUAUAAAGUCGUUGAUCCUACAAGCCACACUUUCCCUCCCUCCCUCUCCAUAGCAAAUCCUAUAUCUUUUAUUCUCAGGGCAAGAUACUAUAUUCACACACAGACACACAGACACAUACAUAUACUCAACAUGUCUGGUGAAGAACAAAAGAAACAAGGUGGUCUAGGAGGUAUUCUCGGCGGUGUCACCGACACAGUCGGAAACACCGUAGGUGGGAUCACAGACACCGUUGGAAAUACAGUUGGCACUGUUGGAAAAGGCGUCGGUGAUACGGUUGGAGGAGCCUCGAAAGGGCUCGGCGAUACCACGAAAUCAGUGGGUGACACUGCUAAAGGGACGACCGAUUCGAUCGGUGGCAAGAAGCAAGAUGCGAAUAACCCUUUGGGAUUGUAAUGGCUGGAGAUAGGUGGAGAAAAUUGCAUGCUACAAUAUGUGGAAUGGAUGGAUCUUUUUAGGAGGAACCAAAAAGACAUAAUGGAAAACGGGACAUCAUAUCGAAUAGUCUUGGAUAGCAGAAUCGCACUUCGGUUCAUUCUUGUUCAGACCAUGAUUCUUAUGUAUCUGUCAAUUUGAUGUAAUGCAUGAGAAGUGUAGUCUCAUACAGGCAAAAGUCGAUUGCUCAACAUG